AUGCUUGCGCUACUCACUGUCUUCGAACAUCUAACCAAUGUUCGUCGUUUAUUAAAUCGUUUCCAUUUUCUUUAUACGUCGCCAGCGCAUUCAACUGUAUUAAUUUCGUCGGCGAAAGUUGUCGAACCGACGUCAACCGAUUCGAUUUCGACUACUACUGAUCCAGAACGUGAUAUUCUACUUGGACCUGUUCUGAAUAACAUUCUUUCAGAUGAUCAUUUAGCGGAUUUCGACGAAGAACUUCAUCAAGAUCUUCAACGACAAGAGAAUCUCGCUCGAGAGCUGGAUGCAUGUCUACUCGAAAUGCGUGAAAUCGAACGUGAUAUGUUCAAUUUAAAACAGCGACAAUGCCAUUUUUAUGAACGUUAUCUAGAUUUCAUCGAUAGAAAAGAUCAAUUAAUUGAUCAAUUCGUUGAUUAUUACGAUGAAUACUUGAGUUCCAAUUCCAGUCAAUCUCUGUGUCCAACAGCGAAACAACUACGAAAACGAAAGGCGAAAUAUGAGUUCAAUAUACCUGUAUCAAAUCGCUUCGAUUUAUUAAAGUAA